CGUGGUUGUAGUGGGGACUUUUAUUUUGACAUUUCUCCCUGGCUUCAAUGACGUUACCUUACAUCGUCUACAGCUCCUUCGCUUAUAAUGCACUUCUGCUAUCUUUGAUUUCAUAUUUCUGUCGUUUGUGUUUAAUCUGCUAUGCUGCCUGUAGUGGUGGUGCAUGGAGGUGCUGGUCAUGUUCCUAAAGAAAUAGCUGAACUCUCUACUAUCGGUGUAAAGGAGGCAACCAGGACUGGGUAUGCCAUCCUCCAGAAGGGUGGAAGUGCCAUGGAUGCUGUAGUUGAAGCAGUGGCCCUGAUGGAGAACAAUCCAAGAUUCAAUGCAGGUCGGGGGUCAGUGCUAAAUGUGAAGGGGGAGGUAGAAAUGGAUGCAAUGGUAAUGGACGGCAGGACACUAGAUAGUGGGGCUGUUUCAGCGGUCAGAAGAAUUGCUAACCCCGUGCAACUGGCCAGGCUUGUCAUGGAGAAGACCAAACACUUGUGUCUGACAGCUGAAGGUGCAUCUAAGUUUGCCAGAAGCAUGGGUGUACCAGAAGUGCCUGAGGAGUCAUUGAUCACAGACUAUGCCAAGAUGCGCUGGAAGAAGAACCUGGAGCCAGAUGCCAACCCUGUGGAAUGCCAAAUGGGCAAGAUGGGAACAGUCGGAGCAGUAGCUGUGGACAAAGACGGGAACAUUGCUUGUGCCACAUCCACUGGUGGAAUGAUUAAUAAAAUGGAGGGUCGCGUGGGAGACACGCCGUGUGUUGGAUGUGGUGGUUAUGCAGAUAAUAAUAUUGGGGCAGUCUCACCCACAGGUCAUGGGGAAGCCAUCAUGAAAGUCACGCUGUCCAGACUCAUUCUCUUCCACAUGGAGCAAGGAAAGACCCCAGAGGAAGCUAGUGACCUGGCUCUUACGUAUAUGAAGGAGCGGGUGGAUGGUCUUGGUGGGGCUGUGGUGGUAGAUCCAAAAGGGACCUGGGCAGCUCAGUUCAGCAGUUUACAGAUGUCAUGGGCCGCUGCCCAGCAGGGCGAACUCCACUUUGGGCUGUACCAUGGUGAACACUUUGUUGAGCCUGUACAAGAGAACAUAUAAUGAACAUGUUCUCAUUUUUGGUUGAUUAUAUUUUCACAGUAAGUAUUGAAUACAAAAGGAAAUAUGCCUGCAAAUCAGUGUUUGUGUAAAAUACAUACAUGCCUCAUGGCAGUGAUUAAGCAUUAUGCAUUUUGAAGUUGAUCUUCUCUACACCUAAAAGUAAAGCUAUGUAAGUCUUAAAUAUAUUGAUUGAAAACAUAUUAAAAAACUACUGCAACACUCCUUUUUGAGGGCAGUGUAACUGUCCUUAGUGGUAAUACUGUAUAUUCUCCACUAGAUGGAGAUAUAUGAUUUUUUUUUGGAAUCGAGUGAAUUUAAUUUGUUGUAAGGUGCAGUGCACAUUAAAAGGGAUAGAUCACCCAAAUUGAUAGUCCUGUCAUAAUUUGCUCACCUCUCAAUUUGUUCCAAACAUGUUUGUGUUUCUUUCUUCUGUUGAAUACAAAAGAAGAUUUUUUUGAAGAAUCUUAGUAACAAAACAAAAAGUAGAUGGUAGCCAUUUAAUUCCAUAGUCUAAAUGUAGCUUCAAAAUAUCUUCUUGUGUGAGUAACUGUUGACAUAAUUUUCAAUUGUAGAUGUAUAAUCCAUUAAUUAUUACUUGUAAAAUAAAUGGUAUGCAUUUUGUAGCUAUAAUACUACUACUACUAAUAAAAAUGUAAAGGGCACCUGUGAACCUAAGUCAGAAUGUCUUGGCAGACUUACCAGAUUGGUUUUUAUUACCGAUUUUGAAGAACAUAAAUCAUGAUUAAUUCCUGAAGUACUUCAGCGUAUCAUUUCCUUCUAUAGACUGACAAUGUAAGUACGGUAGCUUAUUAAAUCGGCACAA